ACAUCCCUAGCCGCGGCUGGUUUCACCUUAAUGCUCUUUGAUGCCCGUACACACGUCUCUGUGCACGUGAAGCUUUUAUACUUUUUUUUUUAUAAAUUAAUACCAUUUAGAUUCUUCUUUACGGCGUUCGAUUAGAAAAUGCCGUCCGACGCAAAGAAAAAGCAACAGCAAAAAAAAAAAGAUGCAGCAAAAGCAAGGCAGAGUGGUAAAAAACCAGUAUCAAGCCAAAAUAAGGCUGAGGAUAGUAAGGAUCAGUGUCCCCCACUCGCUGACGUACGGAAUGGUAGUGAACCCAUCAGUGAAGAAGAGGCUCUAUGUCAAAAGCUUGAAGCAGAUGCUAGAUUAAAUGCUGAGGCGCGUUCUUGCACUGGUACACUUUCAUCUCAUCCACGCAGUCGUGAUAUAAAAAUAUCUACAUUCUCAAUAACAUUUCAUGGUUGUGAAUUAUUUCAAGACACAACACUUGAAUUGAACUGUGGUAGACGUUAUGGUUUACUGGGUCCAAAUGGUUGUGGUAAAUCGGCUCUCCUUCAAGUACUUGGUAAUCGUGAAGUACCAAUACCAGAAUCGAUUGAUAUAUUUCAUUUGACACGCGAAAUGCCUGCAAGCAGUAAAACAGCAUUAGAGUGUGUGAUGGAAGUUGAUGAAGAACGUGUACGCUUAGAAAAACUUGCUGAAGAAUUAAUUGAAUGUGGUGAAGAUGAUGCACAAGAUCAAUUGAUGGAUGUUUAUGAACGUCUUGAUGAUAUGUCUGCUGAUACUGCUGAAGCACGUGCUGCUCAUUUAUUAAAUGGUCUUGGUUUUACAACAAAAAUGCAAAAUACAGCAACAAGAGACUUUUCUGGUGGUUGGAGAAUGAGAAUUGCCCUUGCUCGUGCACUUUAUGUUAAACCACAUUUACUUCUACUUGACGAACCAACAAAUCAUCUUGAUCUUGAUGCUUGUGUAUGGCUCGAAGAAGAAUUAAAAACUUAUAAAAGAAUUCUUGUUAUAAUAUCACACUCACAAGAUUUUCUAAAUGGUAUUUGUACAAAUAUAAUGCAUGUUGAUAAAAAUCAAUUAAAAUAUUAUACUGGUAAUUAUGAAGCAUUUAUUAAAACACGUGCUGAAUUAUUAGAAAAUCAAGCUAAACAAUAUAACUGGGAGCAAGAUCAAAUUGCUCAUAUGAAAAAUUAUAUUGCACGUUUUGGUCAUGGUUCUGCAAAAUUAGCAAGACAAGCACAAUCUAAAGAAAAAACAUUGGCUAAAAUGGUUGCUCAAGGUUUAACUGAAAAAGUAUCAUCAGAUAAAGUCCUCAAUUUUUAUUUUCCAUCAUGUGGUACGAUACCACCACCAGUUAUUAUGGUACAAAAUGUUAGUUUUCGCUAUAAUGAUAAUUCACCAUGGAUUUAUAAAGAUUUAGAAUUUGGUAUUGAUCUUGAUACUAGAUUGGCACUUGUUGGUCCAAAUGGUGCUGGUAAGAGUACCUUGCUUAAAUUGUUGUAUGGUGAUUUAUUCCCAACAAGUGGCAUGAUACGUAAAAAUAGCCAUCUUCGUAUUGCAAGAUAUCAUCAGCAUUUGCAUGAGUUGCUUGAUCUGGAAUUAUCACCACUUGAAUACAUGAUGAAAAGUUUUCCAGAAAUCAAGGAAAGAGAAGAAAUGAGAAAAAUUAUUGGACGUUAUGGAUUAACUGGCCGUCAACAGGUUUGUCCGAUUCGCCAACUGUCAGAUGGUCAACGUUGUCGUGUUGUGUUCGCCUACUUAGCGUGGAAAGUACCACAUUUACUGUUGAUGGAUGAACCUACUAAUCAUUUGGACAUGGAAACAAUUGAUGCACUUGCUGAUGCAAUCAACGAUUUUGAUGGUGGCAUGGUUCUUGUUUCUCACGAUUUCCGACUUAUUAAUCAGGUUGCUGAAGCAAUUUGGGUGUGUGAAAAUGGUACGGUCACCAAGUGGGAAGGUAAUAUCUUGGACUACAAAGAACAUUUAAAGAGCAAAAUCCUAAAGGACAAUCAAAAACGUCAAAAGGAUCUUAUGAACCGGGGAAAAUAAUAGUUGAUUUAUAUAUUCUUUUCAAUUUUUUUUUUCUUUUUGUAUAAGAUUUAUUUUUGGAUUUUCGUGAAGACAUUAAUUAAUAAUAAUCAUAGCGAUUGGUUAAAUUACUAUGUAUUUACUUUAUUAUUAUAUAGUCUUGACUAAAAUCCACUUAAUCUCCUUUUAGAUAAUUUAUUCGAAAUCGAUAUAAAAACAUUUCAAAUAACAUGACAACUGAGCAAUGAUUAAGCAAUAAGCUGGUAAUAUCUUGAAACAUAGGUCACCUGAAAUUAUGAUAUUUAAAAUUACUUCCCACUGGAACUCUCAUCAUCGGAAGUGACGAGUGAAUAUUAAAAGCUACCAAAUCUGGAGCAAAUAUUUAUGUUGAAUAAAAAAUCUAGCGAAUGGAGUUGAAAGAAGUAGAUUAAAGAAUGUUUAGUUUUUUAUUUAUCCCAUUCGAUAAUUCCCCACACAAAGCACGCAGUAUCACUGAAAUCGUUUGAUAACCAUGAUGCACUUGUGGGAAAAUUAAUAUUGAUUUGUACGUCCGUAACCUAGCUUAAAUGUUGCUUAAUUAAAAUGUGUGGAUUGAUGUCUUUUUUUGUUAAUUUAAAUCAAGAAGACUCGAGACCAUUCAACUACGCAUGCUCAAAAAUAAAUUGGAAAAAAAAUAAACCACUGAAAGAAAGCACCUAGCAUUAUUUUUAUAAUUACUCCAAAAUGUUUAUUUAAAAUAAAAAAAGUUCUUAAACAUAAAUUUAUUGUUUUAUAAUUUAAUCUUUAAAAACCAGGAAUGUGAUAGAGAACAUGAAAUAUAAUAGAGCAUGGUAGAAAUACUACUUCUACCAUGUAAUAGACACUGAAAUAUAAUAAAACUGGAAGGUGAACUCCUAUGCUUAGCCAAUGCACGGAGUGUCGCUAGAGAUAGCAAUAUAUUGGAUGGUGUUCCCUCUCACUCACGCAUGCGCAUAUUAAAUCUUGUACAGUCAACGUCAAAACAAACUAGUACUACACGAUAUAAAAGUUACCAGUGAUGGGUAAUUCGACGAUUUUCGGGGUAUCAUACAAUCAUACGUAUGAUACGUAUGAUACGUAUCAUACUACGUAAAGUGUAUGAUAGUUGAAAGUGCCCUCUUUUUUUAUAAAAUGAACUAAAUGAUUUAUCAAACUCUCACUCACACCACUGUACACAGCUGUCAAACUUUUUAUUUUAUUACACGAUCAUGGUAGAAAUAUACAGGUAUGUCCAUGCAACGGACGAAAACAAAAAUCUACUGCGCAGACCAUUGGCGGCCAUCUUGUUUGCAUGUGUGUAAAUCUGUGUGUCCGUCAUAUUAUUAUUAUUGUACUAUUAAUUAUUUAUGUAUGGCAUGCUUAAAAGUUACAUUAAUCAUAAAUAAAAACUUUAA